AUGAAGUCUUUCCUAUUCAUCGCUGCUCUCCCGCUGGUCUCAGCCCAUAUACACGCUCGUGCAGCUGAUGGCAUUGUUACCCCCAAUUCCUUCAAUUAUACCAACCUAGGUGGUCCUUUGAACUGGUAUGGCCUGAAUACUACCGCCAACGAUGCAUGCGCAAAAGGUACACACCAGUCACCUAUCGAUAUAGGCACCCAGACCGUCGACUAUGCUGUCGCAGGAUCGGUGAACUUCAACGUCACCAAUGUCCCAUCUGCCAAGUUCGAGAACUUGGGUUCUGGAUUGGAGGUUGUGAUUACUAAUGGAUCGCUGGCCACAAAUAAUAUCACCUACCCCCUAGCCCAAUUCCAUUUUCACACUCCUAGUGAGCACCGCGUUAACGAGGAGUACUUUCCCAUGGAGUGCCACUUUGUUUUUGAGACUGAAGCCAAACAAAUUGCCGUCGUUGGUUUCUUGAUGGAACUCUCUCCCUUCGGCUAUACCACUCCCCUCUUCGACUCUGUCUUCGCUCACCUCGACGACAUCAGCAACGCUGGUACAUACACCGAAACCGGCCCCCUUGACUUCACCGGCAUCAUCAGUCAUUUCAACAAGUUCGGGGUUUACACCUACAACGGCUCUCUGACCACCCCUCCCUGCAGCGAGAAUGUGCCCUGGUUCAUCAGCACGGAGCCCCUGUGGAUCAAUGUUCAGCAGUACCGAGCUGUGAAGAAUGUGCUGAAGUACAAUGCCCGCUAUACGCAAGAUACUUUGGGUCAGACCAAUCUGCUGGAGGUUGCUGCUAAGGAGUUGAAUUGA